AUGACACCCAAAGUCGAGCCAUGCUUCAUUUCCAUAAUAUCUGAAACUAACUCACCAAUUAUUACUUAUUGCCCUCCUCGAUACAGAACUGAAAUGGAACAUAUUCUAAAAUCCAAUGUUUUGGCAAACAUAUCGUUAGAUUAUUUUGAGAGUAAUCUUUAUAAAUGGAAACAAACUUCAGACGGGGAUGUAACUAUCAAGAACUUAUUUCAAAUAGAAGAAGUAAGUGUCUUUGGUAUGCUGGUAUUAUCUACAAAUCUAAAAAUAGUACUUGGCUUUCCAGUUGACAACUCAUUUGAUGAUAUUGAAAUAAAGCGCAUUUUUGAUGGUAUUAGGAAAGUUUAUACAAGAGUCAAAUGCAAUCCUUUCAUCACCGUAAAUAUUGAAAAUCAAGAGGAAGAGGUUUCUAGAUUAUUGGAGGAAAAGUUAAAUGAAAUAUUCACUUAG